GUAAAAUGUUCAUUCAUUGAACGAAGUUGAUAGAUAACCGUGCUUUCUUUAAUUUUGUUAAUUUGUUAAAAUAAUUAGCAAAAGUGUAAUUUUGUAUAUUAAAAAUAUUAUACAAAUAAUUGUAAAGCUCACAUUAAGAACGUUAUUUAUGUGGUGUCGUGCUACUUGUCAUGGCAUUCGGCUCUAUAACAUUACAACAACAAUUCAAUCACAAUAUUACUAUAGAAAAUAACAACAACAAUACUACUAUUUAACACAACUCGCCAAAAAAAGAAGUGAACAAAAAACGCCACAGAUAAUCAUUAUUAUCAUCAACAGAAAAUAACAAGAAGAGGAGUUGUUACAACUUUGAAAAGCAAUGAAGUUGUAAGUGAAUUUUUAAUUUAAUUUUUUAAUAAACAUAUAAUAAUUGAAUAUAAAAGUGCUUCAAAAUAAUAUAAGAAUUCAAAAAAGAAAAGUGAAAAUGAAUCCUUUAAAUGGCCAACAACAGCCAACACCAACAGCGUCACAAUACUAUAUAACAGGCCUGCCACCAUUGACUCCUGCCACAGGAACUUCAAUAUUAAAGUCAAAUGUAGCAGCUACGGCAGCCACUGUCAGUCAUACGCCGCAAACGGCCGCAAACAUUGUAACCACUACUGGCCUUAAUAGUGUGGGUAGUGUUGGAAAAGGUGCUACUACCACUACUACUGGUAAUAGUUUAAUGGAUAACACAAAAUAUGUAACGACGGCCACAAAUUAUAUGCCCGUUUUAUUAACAAAUCAAACCUUGAUUAGUACUGUUGAUCCUAUUCAGCAGCAAACAACAAAGAUUACACCAGCAGGCACAGCACCAAUGGUGGUACAUACUCCUGUUCUUACCGGUAAUAGUAGUACUACUACCCUAACAUCGGUUAAUGCUAACAAACCCUUGGUAUUAACUUCUGCCAAUAAUGCAGGCAAUAUUACCUAUCAAGUAUUGUCAACAUCACAAAACAAUAAUAAUAGUAAUAAUUUGACUCCCGUCAUCUCUGCACCCAAUGGCUCUGUCAGUGUCAUCUUGGCUUCCUCACAAACCAUGGCAACAGCUGGUCAUGUUGCGGCACCAAUUAUAAUACGUAACACACCAACUACAGCAACUACAACAAAAACAGUACAAAUAAAACAAGAACAACAAUUGUCCACAAAGCAACAGCAGCAACAUCAACCACAGCAGCAGCAACAAAAAACUAAAAUGAAUACAUUUAAUCCACAAACAUUUAAUGCGGAUAUUUUAAAACAAAUAGUAGUGGGUAAUCCUGGCGCAGGAGCAACCGCCAACUUAGCACCAGGAACAACUUUAUUAAAGCCUACAAUAUUACAAAAUAAACCAAUAAUACAACAGCAAUAUAAACAGCAGCCAACACACCAACAACAAAUUCAAAAUAAAACUUUAAUAAAAAAUACGCCAAAAAUGUUGGUAACAACAACACAACACCAACAACAACAUUAUCCCCAGCAACACCAAUUGCAACAAAAACUAAAUAAUCACACCGUUAUAACAACUACUACGGAUAAUUCUUCACAAAUGUUUGCCGCUUUGGGCAUGGAACUGGUCAAAGCUAACACUGUCGCCCAAACUGUUCAGAAACUGCCCCAAGUCAGUUUAUUACAGAAUUCCAACAAAAAGGCAACAAAUAUUAUUACAGAAUUAAACAAUGAGCCUACAGCCAAAACAAUUCUAAAAAAUCCCCAUGAAAUUAAGGUGGGAAAUCUUAACAGUGAAGUGUCUCUCAUAAAAAAACCAAAUUUAGCAAUGCAUGAAAUGAAGACCAAAGAAAUGUCUUUAUUAAAAAGUUCCAACUCAAAACUACCAGCAGAAAUCGUUAUAGACAAACGUAAAACCCAAGAUUUGGAACAAUCCACUAAAAUCCAAACAAAAACUAAUAGUCAAAACGCUCAAGAUGUAAAGGCGAAAAAGGAAACAAAUGAGUCUUACUCUCUACUAAAAACCAGCUUGGAUUUCAAAAAAUCUCCCGAAAGCCAUAAUAACGCUACAAAAACCGCCAAUACUCUAGUGGAAAAGCAAAAAUCUUUAUUAAAACCGAAAACAAUUAAUAAAAAAUCACCACCAAUGCCGCCACAACAAACCAGCCCACGCUCACAACGUUCGAAUUCCUGUAAUACAGUCUUGAAACCAAAAUCUUCCCUUGCUACAGCCGCCAACAGUGAAAGGAGACAUUCGGAACCAGCAAAAAUUGAGCUAGUCAUAACUAGCAAUAACACUGAGGCAAUAACUCAAGAUAAUCAGGAUAUAGAAUUAUUAAAAUCCGACGAAAUGGAUAUAUACUUUGAAGACGAAGAAUAUUUGGAAAGUUCUGGUGAUAAAUUAUCCAUAGCCUCUGAAAAAUCUCAAGAUAAGGAUAAGCAAAGUCCACAGAAUAAUAAAGAAUUGCAAGAAAAACAUGAAACAACACCGCCUGCUAAAGACAGUAGUAGUAAUAAAGCAACAGCUACUAACACACCAACAAAUAAUGCAACAGAAAAUGAUAAGGAAAAGAAAACGGAGCAACAGAAUCAGCAAACUCAAGCAUCUUCGAACUCUUCCAAAGAUAAUCAAGAGGGUUAUGCCACCAAUUCUUCAGAGGAUGACGAUGUCACUAUUUUGCCUAUGGAUGAAAUGGAAAUAGAACCAAUUGAAAUUGAUGAUGAUGAAGAGGAUAAUGAAAGCUUGUUAAGAUCCUCAUCCGAGAACAAAGAACGACUUAAUGAAUCCUUACUAUGUGAUGAACAAUUCAUAAUAAGUUCCUCAUCUUCUGUAUCAAAUAAUUCUGUCGAUCAAAAUUCGGCUACAACUUCUCUAAUAAAAUCCCCUUCCCAAAUGGACAAUCCAACAACAACUACUACUACCACAUCUCCGUUAUUAAAGAAAACCUUAAUGGAACCAAAAGCUUUCGCUGCAAAAGAUGAAACUCAACAACAACCAAAUGGUUAUUCUUCAGUUUUAGAUAUGCUUUCCAAUUUUAACAUGUUGAAUUGGCGAGAACGCAUUGGAACGGCACGUGGUACGAAUUUAAAAUUUCAAUUAAACGAAUUCAAUCUGAUACAAUUAUAUGAAAAGAGCAUGCCUAAUAAACGUAUUCAUACGGCUUAUGAAAAGCCUAUAUACGAAAGGGAAUCAUCACAUAGACGUAAUGAAAAUGGCGAUCCUCCAACAUACUAUAUGUGUCGACGCUGCAAUGUUCAAGGGCCAUCUGUUGAUUUUUUGGCUCCUGAAUUUUGUUCAUUAUCAUGUUUAAAACGUGAUUGUCGUAAACGUCGUGAUGAUAGCAUCAGUCUUAUGCGCAAACGUAAUCGUUUAAGCAAUUUAAAUAUGGUCAACAAAAACUACAACAUUAAUAUCAACAACAGCAGCAUUGCUAACAUUACAACCGAUGCGCUUAACAUUAACAAUCCACCACCUUUGACCUAUAUUAAAAAACCAAAAUUCCGUUGGUCUACCUAUAUGAAUAGUAAUUUUACUACUAUGGCUGCACCCAUAUCACUAUUUUUAAAUCCAUUUCCCACCGGGCCCAAUAACUUUACGAUCGGCAUGAAAUUGGAAGCUAUAGAUCCGGAAAAUUGUGCUCUUUUCUGUGUUUGUACAAUCAUUGAUAUUAUGGGCUAUCGUCUGAAGCUGAGCUUCGAUGGUUAUGAUAAUGCCUAUGAUUUUUGGCUAAAUGCUGAUUCUAUGGAUAUUUUUCCGCCCGGUUGGUGUGCGAAAACUAAUCGUAUAUUACAGCCACCUAAAGGUAUAACAGCGAAUAAAUUCAAUUGGGGUGCUUAUUUGAAUAAGGAAAAGGCAGUGCCCGCUCCCAGAUAUUUAUUUACACACUUGAAUUCAUCUUCUUUGGUACCGCGUAAUCCGUUUAAGGUCGGCAUGCAUUUGGAAGCUGAGGAUUUAAAUGAUACUGGAAAACUGUGUGUUGCUUCUGUGGCUGAUGUUUUAGAUGAUCGCAUACGUAUACAUUUUGAUGGCUGGGAUGAUUGCUAUGACAUAAUAGUUGAUAUUAACUCUCCCUAUAUACAUCCCUGCGGUUGGCAUGAGGGACGUCAACAGCUGGUAGUACCGCCAGAUUGUGAGAAUUCCGCCUUUAAUUGGAACGACUAUAUACGUAAACAGGGUACCGGAGAAGCAGCUAGUGAAGAACUGUUUAAUCCCAGAGAACCUAUUGGGUUUAAGCCCAAUAUGCGCUUAGAAGUAGUAGAUCCUCGCAAUCCCUCUUUGAUAAGACCAGCCACUGUUGUGACACAUAAAGGACAUCGUGUUAAGUUGCAUUUAGAUGGUUGGCCCAGUGAUUACUGCUUUUGGCUGGAAGAUGAUAGUCCUGACUUACAUCCCAUCGGUUGGUGCGAUGCUACUGGCCAUGAUCUAGAGCCACCACCAGGUUUUCAAAUGACAAAACAAAAAAUGCCUUGUCCCGUUGAAGGUUGCCGUGGCAUUGGUAAUGCGAAGAAGGCAUUUAUGGGCGUACAUGCCACCCGGGAUGGUUGCCCCUAUGCUGCCGAAAAUUGGCGCAUUGUAGUGGAAAAACCUCAACGUAUUAACUACGAUAAUAUUGUAAGAACUUUGCCUAAACAAAACAAACAAUUGCCGCUGCAGCAACCGUUGUCGUCUUCUCUUCCAACACGUUUAAGUGAACAACAAAUUUUGGAACGUUUGCAAAUGUUAGACAAUAUUAAAACGCGCAAUAUUCUAGUACAACAGGAAAAACUGCCUACCAAUAGCAGUGACUUGCUGGGCGGUUUCUCUUUGCCACAACUCAAGAAAGAAGAAACAAAAGCUUCUAAAAACUCCAAUAAUACCUCCAUAUCACCAGCUCAAGCGCAAAAUUCUAAUGACAAUGUACUCGAUGUUAAUCUAGAUAUUGCCAAAGAAUUCCUCUUCGACUAUGGUCCUCGUUUGCAGCAAAACUUUACGCUAUGGCAAAAGAAUUUCACCUUUGAUGCUGAAAAAAUUAAACGUAAUCCCCUCAACUGGUCUACCACUGAAGUGAGUGUUUUUGUGGAACUCUAUUUGAAGUGUCGCAAAACAGCCACCAUCUUCUGUCAUGAAGAUAUUGAUGGUGAAUCAUUAUUGCUCCUGCAACAAGAGGAUCUUACCGAAAAGCUGGGUUUGAAAUUGGGGCCAGCUGUUAAACUUUACACUUGUAUUUUACAAUUACGCACUUUGGCCGUCACUAAGUUUGAGGUACCCUAUAAGCGUGCAGCGAUCAAAAAAUAAUUCAAUUGUAUAAGUGUGUGAUUAAAAAAAACAAUCAAAGGUUGUUGUAUUUAAGGAAAUUUUGUAAGAAAAGAUUUCUUUAAAAUUAUUGCAAAUUGUGGCCAUACUACAUACAUUGUUUGUUAAUUUUGUUAGAUUUUCUAUUUAAGAUUUCAAUCAUAAUCUUCCUAAAAUUUUAAUAAAGUAGUUUUAAUAAGUUGUACGUAUCAACAUAAUUGAUUGAUCCUUUUCACAAUAUCGUAGUUUUUAAUCGUUUGUCAUUUUUUUUUGUAAUUUUAAGUAAUUUACAGGAUUUGAACCUGUAGCCCAUUUUGAAUGAUUAAAUAUUAUUAAUUUACUAACAUAUAAAAAUGUUGAAUAAACAUUGUACAUAGAGUAUAUAUAAAAAAUAUAUAAAU